AUGACUCGUACCCACACCUUUGCGCUCCUCGCGGUGCUCGCCCUCGUCGGCGCCCGCCCCCUCCAGCCGCGUCAGGACGCGACUGGCGACUCUCUCUCCUCGUCGUCGGACACGGCCACCGCUGCGCCGACCGACUCGUCGACCGCGUACUCCGCCUCCUCCGACGCCACUAGCACCCAGUCCACCGACACGGCCGCUUGGGGCCCUGGCGGCGACGAGGGCGGCUCGGCCAACUCGACCUCCGCCGGUGCCUGGGGCAGCGGCAACGGCCACGGCCACGGUCAUGGCCACAACGGCCACGGUGCGGGCGGCAACCAGCAGGGCGGCAACCAGCAGGGCGGCGACCAGCAGGGCGACGACGACUGCGAGGACGACCAGGAGGAGGACGACGACUGCGACGACGGCGCGUACAACUCGACCUCGUCUGCCGGCGUUGGCGACUACCCCUCGUCUUCUGUUGCCAGCGGCUACGGCUCGUCUUCGGCUGCCACCAACUACGGCGCCUCGGCUUCCGCCGCUGCCAGCAGCGACACCUCGACCAUGUACGCUGGCAACUGCUCCUCGUCCGCCACCGCCGGCAACUACUCGGUUUCUGCGGCCGCUGGCAACUACUCGUCGGCUUCGGGUGCCACCCGCUACCCCGCGGCUUCCGCGGCGGCUUCGGCUGCGAGCAGCUACGCCUCGUCUGCGGCUGCCAGUGGCGACGCCGCGACCACGUCUGCUGGCAACUACUCCGCCACGGCUGCUGGUAACUGCUCGUCUGCGGCUGACGGUCGCUACUCCUCGUCUUCGGCUGCUGGUAACUACUCGGCUUCCGCUGGCAACCCCACGUCGACCGUGUCCGCCAGCGACUACUCUUUGUCGUCGGCUGCUGGCAACUACUCUUCGAACUACACCUCUGCUACUGGCAACUACUCUUCGACCUACUCCUCCAACUACACCACCAACUACACCUCGCUUGCGGGUGCUGGCAACACCACCGUGCCUAUUCUGAGUGUUGGAGCCGACAAUGCGACCAUCCCCACUCCCGCCGGCAAUGCGACCAUUCCCACUCCGGCCCUCGCCAAGCCCACUACCCCCGACUUUGCCAACGUCAACUGGACCGAGUACACGCUGCUCAACUGGACCGCGAUCGACUGGGUCACGUUCAACUGGACUAGCAUCUACAACAAGCCCCAGAAUGUCAGCGUCACCGCUCGCCAGUUUGGCGACAUUGCGAACAACGGCACCGGAUACGGCAACGUGACAGCCCAACUCCCCGACCAGGCUCAGAACGGUACCACUGCCCACCACGGUCAUGGCCACAACGGAACCCACCACGGCCACGGCCACGGGCUCAACGGCACGCACCACGCUCAUGGCCUGAAUGGCACCCAGCGCACCCACGGCCUCAACGGCACGCACCACCACGGCGGCCACAACGGAACCCACCGCGCCCAGAACCGCAGCCACGGCCACCACAACAAGGCCCGCGGCAAGCACCACUCGAACUGCGGAACGUCUUCCACCGCCCCGCUCCCAGUCAGUUCUGAUGUGCAGUCGGCGGCCGCCUCGGGCGCCUCGGCCACCUCGGCCACCUCCUACGCCUCGGGCGCCUCCUCGUCUGCGUCGACCUCUCAGCCCGCGGCGCUUGGCACCAGCGACCCUGCCGCCGCUGCUGCUUUUGCUGCUUCUUCAGCCUCUGCCUCCGGUGCCUCAGCCAGUGGCAGCGACAGCGGCAGCGGCAGCGCCAGCCCCACGCCCGACGUUGCCUACUCGUACGCCUCUGCGCCUUCGGCGGCGUGA